AUGACCGCCUUUUUCUUCUCGUCAUUCCGGCACCAGGUGUAUUUUGAUGCACGCGACGGUCGCGGAGUAAUCUCCAUUGCAAGGGAAAAAGUGGCUUUUUCGCUCUGCUAUUCAAAACGUAUCCUGCUUGGCGCCAAAUUUUCCUAUUUAGGACUACCAAGACGGGUAAUUUUCUACAUUCUAGCCUAUUAUAGACAGAUACGCCGCGCCUUUCUCGCUUGCGGCGUUGGAUAUAUAUAUACCCUACAAUACCUAAUAAGAGAUUAG